AUGGGUGCCGAGCAAAUCAAGACCCUGGCUGAUAGCCAUGACAGCCACAGCGAUGGCGACAACGUAGAGUAUAGCUGGACAGAGAGUGAGGAAAAAGCCCUGGUCCGCAAUGGAAAUGCCCUUACGGACUACUUCCUUAAAGAUGUCGGCAUCACACAGAACCAGUUCAACGUCGGACAGCAAUUAUUAUCGGCCGGAAUUGUUAUACUCGAAAUCCCUAGCAACCUCGUACUCUACAAAGUUGGACCCUCAAAGUGGAUUGGAUCACAAAUCGUGGCUUGGUAUGGUCUUAUGUCUCAGUACCAUGUCGACGAUGAGCUGACUGGGUUCCUAGGGGUCUUGUAG